GACAUUUCCGUAAAGAAGACUCAUCGUCCCCGUUAGUACCAAUCUUUGGCAAGUUUCGGUUUUGUUUCGCACAAUUUCAUAGUGUAUACAAUACGGUACGUACUGCACUCAGUUACAUGUUUAGCUUAGCAAAUGUUUAAUUGCUGAUGCACAUCUGUUCUACCCUCAUCCGUAAUGUACUUGUAAUUAUACUUCUUCAUAGCACCGUACAUUGGUGCUUCUCGUAAGUCCAAGUAUAGCCAUAUAUACUUGUACCAUGGAUGAUGAUUUUAUGAUCAUUUUAAUCCUAUUUGUGGGUUCUGAUGCCUCAAAUCCCGAACAUUACUCCACAUAAAACAUGGUUUCUGGCGCAGACCGUAGGAUACAUAACUCAGAUACUGGUGGAGGAAGUAUCCAGCAAAAAACUCAUUUUCGAUUUUGCGCCGAAGAUGAUUAAAUACCGAGUAUACAAAGUCUUUCUAGUCACAUUGGCUGUCUUGCUUGCAAGCAACGGGUUCGCAAUUGCUCUCCACAAGAAUAUCACACCAACAGAAACAGCUCGUACGUUAUCAUCGCUAGAUGGUGUUGAAUCCAGCAAAGAUAAUCACCUUCGCCAGAUUGAGGAAAACUCACCUGAUGAUGAUGAGCGAAAAAGGAAAUUACCGGUAGGAGGGGGGCCUUGGGUAGUCGGUGGAACGUCGGCAGGUAAUCAUAUCGAGGCAUCGAGUGGACACGAAAAGAAGAAAACGAAACAUCGGAAAAACAAGGCCUACCACAUGGUCAAGAGAUUUUGGAACAGUGGGUGAAGCUUUUCAUUCUCUCUAACCGUGGGCAGAAGACUUUAAUUGCAUAAUAAUAAGACAGCCCCUUGAUACAAGUAUUGCUUUGAUCUCAUUCUAACAAAAUAAUACAAAGAGAAAAUUCUACACAUA